GCGAUGCUUCCGCCUUUGAGGCGAUGCUGUGCCAUCUAAAUAAGAUCAUGGCCGAUAACAGUAACUGUGUUCCCCCCAGCUGGUAUCGAUAGGCUCCCAGAUCGACUUAGUUUGACCUUCCUGUCCCAAAGAUAUGGCCUUGUCAUUGAAGACAUCUGCUCACAACAACGUCGACAAUGAUAAACGCGUGGCGCUGCUGAGUGGGACGAUAGCAGUGAUCGAUACAGCAAAGGCUGCUGUGCCUAGCGUCCUCGUACAAAGCAUUCUUUCUACAGUAUCGAACAUCUUAGCCAUCGCAAAAAAUACCCUGCAGAACGAAGACGAUUUCCGUGGAUUGAUCGAACAGUGCCAAGUGAUUUGUGAUGUCGUCGCAAAGGCUACCGAAGGCCAGACCGAUGGCGAUUUGAACAGUGAGCUCAGCGAUAUCAUUAUCAGUCUCAAAAGCUUUGUCCAAAGCAUUUACGAGACAGUCGUGUCUGCGAAUGAGCGCAGCGUUACCAAGAGAGCCCUUUUCGCCCUGUCCGACAAGGACAAAAUCGCAUCUUGGGUGCGGGAACUGGAUAGGCGCGUGUUACUCAAUAACAUGCACCUGAGCAUGAUCACCCAGCGCAGGAUAGAUCAACUGAGCAGACAGAUCAAUAGACCGAGUGUGCCCACCGCAGAUGAAGGCUGGCGCAUCGUCCUCCCGAGUAUCCCUUCCCCAUUCCUUGGUAGAGAUCAUCUCAUUCCCCAUAUUACGGAAUUACUUCUCAACCGACGUCAUGUCACGCUUUAUGGUCCAGGAGGUAUCGGCAAGACCUCCCUCGCAAAAGCUGUCAUCCAUGACUCAAUCAUAGCUGAGAGGUUUCAAGGCCGUCGUUACUUUGUAUCUUUCGAUGAGCUAGGAGGCUCUCAGAUAUCCACAGGAACAGUCAAGGAGCGGAUUUGCAGAGCCGCCGGGUUGGAUGGGCGCCUUGGUGAACGGUGGGAAGAAGUUAUGGCAUUUCUGGCAGGCGCAGACACAGUCCUGGUCAUCGACCAUGCAGACGCUCUUACUGCAGCUCGCAACGCAGACUCCGUGGCCCGUCUCAUUGAUGACCUCGCAUCAUCAGCCUCUGUGGUCCUCUUGCUGACGACCCGAAGCAAACACCCCUUCGCACCUUACCUUAUCACUCAAGUUGUGAGCGUUCCCACGCUAGAACGCAAGAACGCGAGGAAGGCCUUCGAGAGCAUAUGCCCGCAGCACAUUCCUACGGAAAUAAUCGAUGAAUUACUGGAUGGUGUGGAUAACCAUCCGUUAUCGGUCAAUAUCCUCGCUCGUCGGGCGGCGCAGCAUGAAUGGUCAGGGGCGGAACUACUUUCGGCAUGGAGGACACAACGAGCAGUACUAUUGGAGAAUGGUGAAGGAAAAUCACACAGCCUGCGUGCUACAGUCGAACUCUCUUUGAAUGCUCCGCCGGUGAUCGGCCUUGGCGAUGAUGCUCGAAAGCUUCUCGGUAUCAUCGCCUUUUUCCCGCAGGGCCUUGACGCUAUGAGGGUGAAAGCCCUUUGUCCUUCUGCGACUACGAUCGUGGACACGCUUUCUAUUCAUUCAAUGAUCCACCGCGAGGAUAAUCGUUUCACCAUGUUGGCGCCCAUGCGACUGUACUUGGGCCAGAAGACGCCAAACCCUGAUUCAAGUUUUCUGAACACGAUCAGGAAUAUGUACUACAAAGAGCUCUCCGGUAAUGUCGAACGACAUCAAGCUCUUAUCGAGGCUGAAGACGUCAACGUUGAACGCCUCAUUGCGUUCGACUUCAGCAAGGUCAUCAAUUUGGACGAUAGCUGUCGUGCUUGUGCAUCAUUCCUAGACAACCUCGCUAUCUAUAAACCUCGGGCGACCAUUCUAACUACAAUGUUUCAAGAACUUCCGGUGAAGUCCUCGGGAAUCCUUGCCAAAGUCACUAGUCGGCAUGCCACGACGAAGGCAAUUUCACUUCGCAACAAGACCCUGCUUGUGAAGUCCGCUGGAACUCUCGCGUCAUCUUUAAGACGCAGCACAUUGACGUCUACCUUUCUCAGAACACUUUUCGUUCGGUAACAAUUCAUUUCUCCUGAUCCUCUCUCUUAUUAAUAUAUACCAUC